ACUGGUGGCGGGCCGGCAAGCGGCGGACGGGGGAGGCGCCUCUGCUCUUCUGUGUGGCAGCUCAAAAUGAUGGAUCAAGCCAGAUCAGCAUUCUCUAACUUGUUUGGUGGAGAACCAUUGUCAUAUACCAGGUUUAGUCUGGCUCGGCAAGUAGAUGGUGAUAACAGUCAUGUGGAGAUGAAAUUAGCUGCGGAUGAAGAAGAAAAUGUUGACAGUAACAUGAGGGGUAACCAAACCAGUAUCACAAAACCGAAAAGGUUAAAUGGAUAUAUCUGCUACGGGAUCAUUGCUGUAAUCAUCUUUUUCUUGAUUGGAUUUAUGAUUGGCUACUUGGGCUAUUGUAAACGUGUGGAACCACAAAGUGAUUGUGGGAAACAGGCAGGAACACAGCCUUCAUGCCCAGAGGAGACAGAAGCUUACGAACCCGAAGAGCAGCUCCCUGGAGUGCCUCGCAUAUUCUGGGCAGACCUCAAAUCAGCGCUGUCAGACAGACUGGAUGCCGUAGACUUUACCAGGGCCAUCAAGAUGCUGAAUGAAAAUUCUUAUGUCCCACGUGAGGCUGGAUCUCAAAAAGAUAGCAGUUUGGCUUUUUAUAUUGAAAAUCAAUUACGUGACUAUAAACUCGACAAAGUCUGGCAUGAUGAACAUUUUGUUAAGAUUCAGGUCAAAGGCAGUUCUCAAAACUCGGUGUCUAUAGUGAGUACAAGUGGUGACGGCAGUCAGGCAUACUCAGUGGAGAAUCCUGAGGGUUACGUGGCAUAUAGUAAGGCUGCGACGGUUACUGGCAAACUGGUCCAUGCUAAUUUUGGCACUAAACAGGACUUUGAGGAUUUAAAUAUGCCUGUGAAUGGAUCUUUAGUGAUUGUAAGAGCUGGAAAAAUCACUUUUGCUGAAAAGGUGGCAAAUGCUGAAAGUUUAAAUGCAAUUGGUGUCUUGAUAUACAUGGACCAUAGUAAAUUUCCCAUUGUUAACGCAAAUCUUCCAAUGUUUGGACAUGCUCAUCUGGGAACAGGUGACCCUUACACACCUGGAUUCCCUUCUUUUAAUCACACUCAAUUUCCACCAUCUCAGUCAUCAGGAUUGCCAAACAUACCUGUCCAAACAAUUUCCAGAGCCGGUGCAGAAAGACUAUUUCAAAAUAUGCAAGGAGAUUGUCCUGGCACUUGGGGAACAGACUCUUCAUGUAAGCUGGUAUCAUCACAGGAUAAAAAUGUGAAACUUAGCGUGAACAAUGUGCUGAAGGAGAUAGGAAUUUUUAACGUCUUUGGAGUUAUUAAGGGCUUUGAAGAACUAGAUCGCUACAUUAUAGUAGGGGCCCAGAGGGAUGCCUGGGGUCCCGGAGCUGCAAAGUCCAGUGUAGGAACAAGUCUGCUAUUGACACUUGCCCGGUUACUUUCCGAUAUGGUCUUAAAAGGUCAGUUUAAACCCAGCAGAAGCAUUGUCUUUGCCAGCUGGAGUGGUGGAGACUUCGGAGCUGUUGGUGCCACUGAAUGGCUAGAGGGAUACCUUUCCUCAUUGCAUUUAAAGGCUUUCACUUAUAUUAAUCUGGAUAAAGCUGUUGUUGGUACUACCAAUUUCAAAGUUUCUGCCAGUCCGCUGUUGUAUUCACUUAUUGAGAAAAUCAUGAAAGAUGUGAAACAUCCACUUACUGGGCUGUCUCUGUAUCGGGACAGCAACUGGAUCAGCAAAGUGAAGAAACUUUCUUUGGAUAAUGCUGCUUUCCCUUUCCUUGCGUAUUCUGGAAUCCCAGCAGUCUCUUUCUGUUUUUGUGAGGACACAGAUUACCCUUAUUUAGACACUCCCAUGGACACCUACGAGACAUUGAACGGAGAAGUUCCUCAGCUGAACAGAGUGGCACGUGCAGCAGCAGAAGUGGCUGGUCAGCUUGUGAUGAAACUUACCCAUGGUGUCGAGCUGGACCUGAACUAUGAGAUGUAUAAUGACGAAAUACUCCGUUUUGUGAAGGAAAUGAACCUAUUCAGAGCAGACAUAAGGGAUAUGGGUCUGAAUAUGCAGUGGCUGUAUUCUGCUCGUGGAGACUUCUUCCGUGCUACAUCCAGACUAACUACGGAUUAUAAGAAUGCUGAGAAAACAGACAGAUCUGUGAUGAGGGAAAUCAAUGACCGUAUCAUGAAAGUGGAAUAUCACCUCCUCUCACCCUAUGUGUCUCCAAGAGAGUUUCCUUUCCGACACAUCUUCUGGGGCUCUGGCUCUCACACUCUGUCAGCUUUACUGGAGCACUUGAAGCUGCGUAAGAAACUUAAUGGUGCUUUUAAUCAAACACUGUUGGAAAACCAGUUGGCUCUGGCAACUUGGACUAUUCAGGGAGCUGCAAAUGCCCUCUCUGGGGACAUCUGGGACAUUGACAACGAAUUUUAAAUGUGACACCCAAAACUUAAUACGAGAACAUCAGGGUAGUGUGGUUUCUAGACUUAUAUUGGUUAUGCUAAAUUUUCAGUAGGGCUAAAAAACUAAUAUUAAAAAUCUACCCAGUCUUGGUACUACUAGAUGUUGGUCUUUAGGCAGCAGCUUUCAAUACAGGGUAGGUACUUGCAUUUCUAGUUAAAUUGAAUAAUUUUUUUAAAUGUUCACAGUAGAAUAUUUUCUGUGAUUAUCUCUAGACUUUUUAGUGCUUUGUAAUGGUAACUGCCUCUUUCCUGUCAUAGUUCUGAAAAAGUCAGAACCAGUUAUGUGAACUAUUGGUCUAAAUCCUAAGGACGUGAGCUGGUUAUCUUUUGAGCUGGAGGAGGAAGGUGGCUUAGAGUGAUCUUCCAUCUUCAUUUGAUGCUAGACAGACACCAGGCUGUAAGGCUUUACUCUCCACGUGGGGUCUCUGCCUUCUGUAAGGAUUUAGCUGGUUUCCACCUCUGAAAGUGGAACAGUUCACUUUCAGAAGAGAUGGGACAUGUUUUCUUGCCAAUGAGGUCUGAAAUAGAGGGCCUUCAGCUGCAUAAAACGAGGUUCAACUAUUUAUCACAGGAGUAAGGCCUUAAUGUGGCAACCUCAAGAUUAUCUAUGAAAAGAGGAGACCAGAAAGCCAAAGACCUAGUAUAUUUUAUUUUCCUCUAUCCCUUGUCCCAUAAAUCUUUGUUAGUUUUUUGUUUUCACUUAUUCCAAGGUAUUUUGAAAGAGAACCAGGUUUUAGGUGUUUAAUUUCAAACUCAAUUUAUCAGACUUUAGAGAACACAAUGCCAAAUUUUGGCCAAAGUGUUAAUUUUUUGGAAAAGCUUCCUGUCAUUUUGGCACUGAGAUAUUUAUUGUUUAUUUAUCAGUGACAGAGUUCACUAUAAAUGGUGGUUUUUUUUAAUAGAAGAUAAUUAUCGGAAGCAGUGCCUUCCAUAAUUAUGACAGUUAUACUGUCGUUUUGUUUUUUUUUUUUAAUAAAAGCAGCAUCUGCUAAUAAAACCCAACAGAUACUGGAAG